AGAGUCACCAGUGAACACGGUCACUCGUUUAACCGAAACACCGGGCUGUUUGGGUUCCGUUGUGUCCAUAGGUAGCUUCAAGAAUGGAUAAAAAACUGGAGACUGAUAACCUGGAAAUGCGUCUACAGGCGCUGGAGAGUCGUAUAUACGGCGAGAGAAGAAACAAAAGUGGAAAACCCGUCAAGUGUGCAGAGUCUUUGACCAGGAUUCAGGCGGGUCUGACCAACACGGCCAACAAGAGAGAACGAGUCAAGAUUUUGCACAAGAAGAUUGAGGACCUGCUGAAGUACCUGGACCCGCAGUUCACCGAACACAUCACUGUACCUGACACCAUGAAGCUGGAGUUCAUCCUCGCUGAGGAGGACUUCCUGCUCUCCCAGGCUGCUUUACUGGAGCAGGUCAGCAACCUGCAGCCGCUGCUGGACAGCUCGUACAUCAGAGGCGUACCCGAGCAUGCUACCAAGCUGCAGCGUCUGUCACAGAUUCACAUCAAAGAGCAGGACCAAACUGAGGCUCAGUCCCAGGAAGUGAAGAAACUUUUUGAGGAAUACAACAAAAUGAUGUUCCUGCUGUCCAAGCAGUUCACCCACUGGGACGAGACCCUGAGGAAGCUAGAGGAGGCCAAGGGUAUCCGGCCUGUGGAGUAGUGACUGUCAACACUAACACACUUCUGAUGAGGAGGAGGAGGAUGAUGAUGAUGAUUAAGACUGCACUGUGGUGGGAGCUUUAGAUCAGACAAGUGUUCCUUAUGUAGCUUGUUCGCUGUACAGAAGUCAGUUUCUAAAAAGACAUAUUGAGUCAUAUUGAGUACAACAAAACUGAGAUAAAGGGGGUCACAAAAUCUCACUGUUUUAUUUUUAACUGCUAAUCGUUUUGUCACCAGGAUUUAAUUGAAUCGGUUGAUAUUAGCUUGAUAUAUUAAUUGCCUCAUUCCAUGAUGUUAUUAACUUGUCAAGCAGAUUUUAUCUCUCCGCUGGUAAUGGUUGUCAGUGAAAUAUCUGGGUUUCAAUAUGAGCUCAGAUGUCCUGUAUUGUCUGUAUUAAUAACAACUUAUUUUGUCUCUCAAGAGUUCAAAGCCUUGUUGUAGCUAAAGACUGAUGUGUCUCCUAUCUGAUAGUGGUGUUUCCCAAACAGUUAUAUUAUACCAUUCAUAAAAAAACCCAGUCAUACAGUAAAACUGGAAUGUAAGGACUGGUGGAAAUAAUGUACAGGAGCUCGCCCUCAUGUGACUCUUCAUCAGCCGUCUGGAGGAACUCGCUCCCAUCACGUGUCAUGUGGUUCAGACAGCUCCGAGAUGCUGUUGUUAUUUAUUUUUCAGACUGUAGAGCUUUUUAUGCCCGUUUAUUGACUUUACUUGUAAUGCAUUCCAUCACUGCUUCCCUACUGCAAGCCAGUCACAAGACUUGUUAUCCCGUUUUCCCUCAUACACACACACACACACACACACACACACACACACACACACACACACACACACACACACACACACACAUAUACUCUUCAAGGCUUUAGUUAUGUCCCUCUGGAUGCCUCCUCACAAGAUGAGUUGCAUAAACUUAAAUUAGCUUCAUUAUCGUACAGCAUCACUGCAGUUGAUACAAUAAAUAUUACUUUUCUUGAACUA